CCAGUCUUUCGGCGAAGAAUUGCCAGCCCCAACCAAUUCAGCUACAGAGUUUCGCUUAUCCCCUCUCCAUUUUCCUCACCAAUCCCAAGCGAACCCCGACCCUUCGCUACCUUUUCCGCCCUUAUCCCUCAUUCCACACUCAGUCGUCAACACUUCACCCCAGGAGUACACAACAUCAUUGCACAUCGACGAAUCAUAACCCCUUUAAACGAAACUGAUUCUCACUUCGACAUCUGGACUCUGAAUCCGUUCGAUAAUCAGCGGACCUCUAGAGUAAAUAUCUUUAUUUAUCAAAGUGACUUAAUUAGUGCUCUACUUCCUAAGACCUGCGGACAUCCAGUAAAAAUCGUUAUCAAUGGAUCGUUCCUUGACUUAUUAUCUCCAUGUGUUUUUAGUAUUAUCAGUAAUUGGACCCCUGAUUGUCACCCUUGACUCAGAGCGUGACAGUGGUGUCUUGGUAAAUAAUGGAAGCACUCAAACGGUAAUAGAGCGAUUGCUGUCAUUCGAAGAAAAAGCCGCAUUGGAACUGAGAAUUUUGAGGCUCCUUGGACUGCCAGAAAGGCCCAAAAAUUCUGAUGAAAAACCAAUCAUGAAGAGAUCAGCGCCGGAAUUCCUUUUCAACGUAUACAAGAAUGAUGUCAAUGGUGGACACGUGAAUCACAGUGGAGAAUUUAAACUUAACGACAAAAAUUUACGAACAAUCAAUCAAAGUGACGUAAUUAUUAGUUUCAUGGCGCAACAGCCACACAAAGGACUCGGUGGAAAGCCAGAUAACGUCAAGAGAAUGUGGUUCGAUGUAUCAGCAGUGCCAGUUGAUGAUGACAUAAUGAUGUCUGCUGAGUUGAAAUUGUACAGAAACUCUGAAACAAAUACAACGAAAAAUCGAGGAGCAUUUACUAUAACAGUUUACCGGGUUCUACAUAAGAUUGAUGGUAUCAAAAAUUAUCAUUUUGUGGAUUCAGUGAAUUCUAGUGCAGGAUACACUGGCUGGAUCACACUGAAUGUCUCGGAGACCCUUCAAUUUUGGACUCAACAUCCAGAAGAAAAUCGAGGAAUUUCCAUAUCAGUUAUUUCCGCUGUAGGAAAUAAUUCUCGCAAAGUGAAACCGGAAAAUAUUGGCAUCAUCGGGUUCCAGGGAAGUGAGGAGAAGCAGCCGUUUAUGGUUGGAUUUUACAAGAAUUCCGGCAAGAGAAGCAUUCAGCUACGCAUCAAGGACAUCAUGAGCAGACAUCGACGACACACAGUCGGUGAGGCGUUAGAGAGCCUGCAAAAGUACUAUUUGAAAAUUAAUCAUGUCGAUGUAAAGGUACCUACGGAGCCAUGUGAACUUCGAACAUUGUACGUUAACUUUAAGGAUAUUCAGUGGCAUGACUGGAUCAUAGCUCCUUCAGGAUUUGAUGCUUUCUAUUGUAGUGGCGAGUGCCAAUUUCCAUUGCCAGCCAAAAUGAAUGCAACUAAUCACGCACUUAUUCAGAACUUCAUGCAUUUGAAACAGCCUGAUGAUGUUCCAAACUUAUGUUGUGCUCCUGUAAAGUAUGCUCCACUUAGUGUGAUAUAUUUUCAAGAUCAUCAUAAUGUGGUUCUCAAGAAAUAUCAGAAUAUGAUUGUUACUCAAUGCGGAUGUUUGUAGAAGAUUCAUCAGAGUUUUUUAAUCUGAUUGUUCCUCCCUGAGGUGCUUUCAUACUCAUUAAUGAAUUUUUAUUGGGAGUAACAUCGAGAUCAGGAUAGAAUAAGUACUUUUUAAAAUAUGAGCUAAUGGUUGAAGGAAAGUGUAAAUAUUUUGGGGUGAUGAUUUUUUUUUUGAAUAUCUCUCAUAGAGGGCUGAAUAAGACUGACAUUAAAUUUGAUGUACAUAGAAGUUUAUGGUAGAUGUAGCAGAGUAAUAAAAUUAUUGACGAAAUGACAUUGCUUCAUGAAUUUGAAUACUUGAAUUGACGAAAUCAUUGGAUGUGAAUAAAGACAAGAUGACGGAAAGAAA